AUUUCAAGAGAACCAUGUCUGGACGUGGAAAAGGCGGCAAAGGGCUCGGAAAAGGGGGCGCUAAGAGGCAUCGGAAAGUGCUCCGCGAUAACAUCCAAGGCAUUACCAAGCCUGCUAUUCGUCGUUUGGCUCGCCGUGGCGGAGUAAAACGUAUUUCUGGCUUGAUUUAUGAAGAAACUCGCGGAGUACUGAAGGUUUUUCUGGAAAACGUUAUUCGUGAUGCCGUUACCUACACCGAGCAUGCAAAGCGAAAGACUGUGACUGCGAUGGAUGUCGUUUAUGCCUUGAAGCGCCAAGGUCGUACUCUGUAUGGCUUCGGAGGCUAAAAAGUUUAAUUAACCGAAUACAAAACCCAAAGGUCCUUUUCAGGACCACCAAAUCUUUCAGAAAAUUUGCUGAGUUGCUUGCUGAUUUGGUAACCAGAAUUUUGGCAUAAACGUUCAAAUCUUACAUAGGGUGCUGUAAUGCGUGUGUUCAUGAGGCUCAAGUCCAGCUUGUUAGCAAAUUUCAGGAACAAUUUCUGCAGGGUUUUUUUUUUUUAAUCCAAGAUUUUCUGAAAUGGGUUGCUGCUAUCUUCAUCUCUUAAGGUUGUGAGAAAUUGACACCCAGGAAAUCUGGCUUCUUGAGGCAGAGCUCAUGAUUUCUGGCUUUCAACCCUGUAUCAAAUUUCUUUAAUAUUGCUAACAUGAAAAUAUAGCAUUCUGAUGUCAGAUAGGUGAUAUUUUGAAAAAGGAUAUUUCUAACAUAGAGUUUUGAAUUCAGUGGGAAUUCGUAUGGAAUAAAAAUUGCAGCCCUAAUGCAGUGGGUCUAAUUUGGAAGGUGUUUGAAUACUGUACGGUGUCUUAAAGCUGAACAGGAUUCCUUUGCUUUUUGUUAAUUUAUGUGGAUUGAAGAAUUUGUGGUUUGCCUUCACUGGGGGACAGAUGAAAAGGGAGUGGGGAGUAGUCCUGGUCUUUAAAAAUAUGUGUUGGUGGACUAAGAUCACAAAUGGAUGCCAGUUCUGCUCCAGAACCAAGUAAGGAAUCAUUCUCUUCCUUUGAGAAUUACAGUAUAGGCCUGAGUUUUUGUUAUGGCUUUUACUAUCCCAUUUUGAUGAAUUUGGGAGAAUAUUAAAGCUUGUUUAAGGUUCUCUUAUUGGUGUAGGACUCAUGCUUCACUCCAGGACUAGAUUCAUCACUAAUAAAAGUAUAGCCCAGGUAGG